AUGUUUGACGCACGGCCCAAGCUUGAUGAGUACUACCAGGUGUGGUUGACGCAGACAGCGACGACCGAGUUUGUGCGGACUGUCCUGUUGGCGCUUCAGCAGGGACAGGCUGUGCCGUCGGCGGCGGUCGUCCCGUCGUCGGCGAGCGCGGGUGCGGCAGCAAGCCCUGGGAGUUUGGGAGGGACGACUCGGUCAACGCCGCCGCUGGGGCCGCGGUCGCCGGGAUCGGCUGCAGCGCUCCGACCGACGGUGCGGACGCCGUCAUCGGCGUCGGUCGACCUCUCGAUGAGGUUUGCCGACGCCGAGCAGCAGCGGCGGGAGCGAGCGAAAGAGCUCAUCCCGAAGUUUUACUUUAAGGGCGGGCGGCCGCUGCCGGACGACCUGCUGGAGGCCGAGUCCAAGGCGAUUUCGGCAGCGUUUGCCAAGCAGUCGAACGGGCGGCUGGAUCUCAACGCGCUGGUGGAGCUCAUGCCUGCGCUGUCGAUGAGCAAGUACCUGGCGCCGCUGCUGUUUGACCAGAUCGACACGGCCAAAGCCGGGAGCAUCAAGCCGGCGACGUUCCGGCGGUACUGGCGAAAACAUUUGCAGACGGCGGACGAGCACAAGCGGUUUUUCGAUGUGCUUGCGCCUGAGGGCGCCCAAGUGCUGCGGCGGGCCGACUUUCAGCCGUGGCUCAACAUUGUAGUCUCGUCGCAUCCAGGCCUCGAGUUUCUGCGCGGGUCUGAGGAGUUCCAGGCGCGAUACAUCCAGAUGGUUGUUGCGCGGAUUUUCUUUGUGGUGGACCGGUCGUGGUCGUCGACGAUCACGCUGAAUGCAUUGCGGAAGUCCGACCUGGUGGCGAACGUGCGCGCGCUCGACGAUGAGCCGGACAUCAACAAGCACCUGCGGUUCUUCUCGUACGAGCACUUUUACAUCACGUACAUUGCGUACUGGGAGCUCGACACGGACCACGACCUGCGGAUUUCCAAGUCGGACCUGGCGCGACACGAGUCGCACGCACUGACGUAUCGGAUUCUAGACCGGGUCUUUGCGUUGCUGGAGGCCGGCGGUGCGCCGCCGGACACGAUGGACUUUGACCAGUUUGUUGUCUUCUUCAUGGCGGAGCAGGACAAGUCGUCUGCGCCGGCCAUCGAGUACUGGUUCCGGUGCGUGGACAUGGACGGCGACGGAUUCAUCUCGAUAUACGAGAUGGAGUAUCUGUUCCAGGAGCAGAUCUACCGGAUGAACUGCCUUAACCUCGACGAGGUGCCGUUUGAGGACCUCCUCUGCCAGCUGCUGGACCUGGUCAAGCCGGCGGACCCGUCGCGCAUCACGCUCUCGGACCUCAAGCGGUGCGGGCAGGCGCAGAUCUUCUUCAACGCGCUCUUUAACCUCAACAAGUUCAUCAACCAUGAGCAGAAGGAUCCAGCAACGAUCCGGGCCGAGCAUGGCGAGCCGCACCUCACGCCGUGGGACCGCUUUGCCCGCGAAGAGUACGAGCGGCUCUCCAUCGAGGACGACGACGACGAGUAUGCCGAGGACAUUUCAUUGACAGGCCACCGUGUGGCGGUCAAGAUCAUGAACCGCGACAAGAUCAAGGCGCUGGACAUGAACAAAAAGGUGAAGCGUGAGAUCGACGUGCUCAAGCUCCUCCGCCACCCGCACAUCAUCCGCCUGUACGAGGUCAUCUACACUGCCACAGACAUCUUCAUGAUCAUGGAGUAUGUGCCCGGCGGCGAGCUGUUCGAGUACAUUGUCAAGAACGGCCGGCUGCCCGAGGGCGAGGCCCGCCGAUUCUUCCAGCAGCUCAUCGCCGGCAUCUCGUACUGCCACGACCACAUGGUUGUCCAUCGCGACCUCAAGCCGGAGAACCUCCUGCUUGACGCCAACAACAACGUCAAGAUUGCCGACUUUGGCCUCUCCAACACACUCGAGGACGGGUCGUUCCUCUCGACCUCGUGCGGCUCGCCCAACUACGCCGCGCCCGAGGUGGUCGGCGGCAAGGCGUAUUCGGGCGAGGAAGUCGACGUCUGGUCGGCAGGCGUCAUCCUCUACGCCCUCCUCUGCGGCCGCCUCCCCUUUGACGACGACUACAUCCCCAACUUGUUCAAGAAGAUUAAGGGCGGCAUCUUCACCUUGCCGUCGUUCCUCUCCGACGGCGCCCGCUCGCUCAUUCUCUCGAUGCUUGUCGUCGACCCGCUCCGCCGCAUCACCGUGGAGCAGAUCAAGCAGCACCCGUGGUUCCUCGUCGACCUGCCGUCGUACUUGGCUGCGCCGCCCACCGCCGUCCUCAAUCUACAGACCAUUGACGAGGGCGUCCUCGCCCAGGUCGCGGCCCGCCUCGACAUGCCGUACGACGAGGCUUAUGCCGCGCUGCUAGAGGCUAUUCCCAGUGCAGCCGCUUCCAGCGAGAGUGGUGCGCCAGGCGCGUCUGCAAGCGCAGCAGCCGAUGCUCCUGGGCGCCUCGGCUCAUCACCGCCAAUACUUGUUGGCGCGAGCCGUGGCUCGCCGUCGGCGCUGACCCAGUCGCUUGCACCAACGUCAGCGUCGUCGCCGCCGCGGUCGCCCGCUGAUGCGCGCUCAGGCGUUUAUGGCGCGCGCUCGGCCAUUGUUGUCGCAUACCGACUCAUGCUCGAUGCAAGCACAACGUACGGCGCAAGUAGCCAGGGCAGUAGACAGGGCGGACAGGCGUCGGCGCCCGAGGGCGUGGCGCUCGCGGCGUCGCCGCCGGCAUGGGACUUUAAGGAGGAUCUGCUCGACCCGUCGCUGCGGGCCGGCGGCGUGCGGCCUGGCGCCGGUGCGCGGCGCCAGCAGCUGCCGUCGUACUCGCGCUACACGCUCGGCAUCAAGUCGUCGUGUGCACCCAAGCACAUCAUGCACGAGGUCUACGGCGCGCUGCGGUCGCUCAACAUGGAGUGGCGGGUGCUGAACCCGUACUCGAUCAUCGCCCGCAUGGCCGAACAGGCCGACCCGCGGGCCGGACUCCGCUUCGGCAUCACCCUCUACGAGAUCGGCGCUCGCGUCUACGUCCUCGACUUUAUGCGCCGCCGUGGGACCUCGUUUGCCUUUUUCGAGAUCUCGCGUCGCCUCCUCGUAGCCCUCGAGAGCAUCAAGUCGUCGUCGGCCGCGGUGUCGCGUCGCAACUCGGACGCCGCAGCGUCGACCCCGUCGCCGUCACCAUCGCCGUCGUCGCAGCACAAGUAG